GUUAACCUCUGUCUGGUAUUUAUAAAAGUGAUAUCGCAUGGGUCUUUGUAUUUCAAAUUGCGAUAUAGUUCCUUAAAGACAAUCUUAAGCAGAUUGACAACAGAACAAAAUGGACAAGACAAUUGUAUUUCUGUGUGUCAUCGGGGUAAUUUUGCUGACCAUAGGUGAAAGUGAAGGACGAAGAUUCAGAGUACGAAUUAGAACCUACCGCGGAGGGAGCUACUCGGGUGGCUCUUCUUCUUCAGACGACACUGAUCUAGCUUUAAUUCUCGGCCUCAGCAUUGGCAUUCCAGUUGGAAUCAUCUUCCUCGUCGUGGCUACCAUUUGCUGCAUUGCCUGCUGUAGCGUCUGUUUCGAGAGUUGCUGUGGUAAGAAGAAACCCGAAGAGGACAAAGCGGUGGAAAAUAACAAUGCCAUGUUUGCCGCAUUCGAAACAGAAGCAAACGGCGGACCUGGUAUACACGAACCUGGGGUCCAUCUUACCGGAUCAGACACCGCAUAUUUCUCAAACAACAGCCAGCAACAGAACUCGUAUUGGACACAUGACCAGCCGCCGGCCUAUGGGGAUGCCAGUUUUUACCCAUCUCAGCCCUUGAAUGCCGGUGACACCAAAUUCCCCUCUGCGCCUGAGUACACGCCAAACGGCAAUGCAUCAGCCUGCAACAACAGUGGUGGCAGCGGUGGGAUUAGUUCUAUAAGUGGUGGCGGUGGGAUGGACUACACUCCCAGCAGUGGAUAUACUGGACAUGAUUAUAGUUCCCCUAGCAGCGGCGGUGGUGACGCAGGUUGUACCAGUAGCUCAAGUAAUGACACUGGGGGCGGUGGAUGUUCUUCCUCUAAUGACUUUUAGAUUUUUACUGUGAUAUCUAUUUAUUCCUGUAUUUGUAAUCGAAAGCUUAGGCUUUGAAAUAUAUCUCCGUGUUUUUUUUUUUUUUAAUUUUAAUUUGCUCAAUGUCCAGUUCGCUCAAAGAUAAUCAUCGAAAUGUUAAGCAAUUUAGUUCAUCACUAUAUAAACUCACUGUUGUCUUUAUAAUAGUUGCUAAGAAAAGGUUUCUAUUCAUGGAGAAGACAAUUGAAAGGCUUGUAUCAAAGGAUAGUGUGUAAGUGAAAUUAAUUUCAAGGGAUUUAAAAAUACUCGUGACAACUGUCCUUUUAAUCCAUUUGUUUCUAAAAAACUUUUACAUAGGCCUACGGCAUAACUUAUUGCUAUCUACCGUGAGUGUAUUUUGUAUUUAUUUAAAGUCCUCAUUACACUCAAGAAAAUUUAGAUCUGAAAAAAAAGAGGCUAAAACCGGUGUUUGCUCGAGUCAUACAUGUAUGUUAUAAAACAGUUGACUUGACAUGUCUUACUAGAUAUUUCAAAUGUUACUCCAAACAUCUGGUAAUUUUAUUGGCCAAACAAUAAGACUUUUUUACCAUUGUUCGUAAUGAAAUUCCUAAUCUAGGAAGUUUUUUUUUAAUUUUUGACUCGUCAUAAUGCGUUCUGAUUAUUUUAAACGUGAUGCUAGGACCUCUGUGAGCGUCAAUUGUCACGUAUGACGUAUAGGUCUUUGAUCCUGGUGCCAUUGUUGAACUUAUUUUCGUUUUUUAUGCUGUUUUAUACAUGUAUUUUGCAUAAAUACUGCUGACCUUUG